AUGGCUCCAUUGGUCAAGAAUAAGAGGAAUGCUGUUAAGCGUUCGCAUCCAAAUGGGAAACAAGCUGACAAAAAGACUGUUAAGAAGGCCAGAAUUUCUGUAGACUCUUCUGAUGAAAGUGAUCAUGAGAUGGAAAAGCUCGAAGAUGCUUCCCAGUCAUCGGAUGAGGAUGAUCUAGAUGAAUUAGAUGAGCUGGAUAAAUCUGGAUCCUCUUCAGAUGAGGCAGAAGAUGAAGAAGAAGGAAAUAACAAGAGUGAAAGUAAAGAACAGGGUUCUAAUAACCAUGAUGAGCAGAGAAAAUUGCUCAAGGAGAGAAAAAUGAUGAGGAAAUCUGGUACUGAAGUGCAACAGAUCAAAUUUUUGUGGGAGAAGUUGCGUGUUAAGAAUCCGCCUAUUCCAAGACAAGUCCGUGAGAAAUUGUCGAAUGAAAUUUGGGAACUUUCGAAGGACUGUAUUAGUGAUUUGGUCUUAAAACAUGAUGCCUCUCGUGUUGUCCAGACCCUGGUCAAGUACUCCACCAAGGAACGUCGUGACCAAAUCGUUGAUUCUUUGAAGGGAAAGUUUUAUUUACUGGCCACCUCCGCCUACGGUAAAUACCUGUUGGUGAAACUGCUACAUUACGGAUCCAAGCAAUCCAGACAGGCAAUAAUCGAUGAAUUGCAUGGUAAUCUAAGGAAGCUGAUGAGGCAUCGUGAAGGUGCAUACGUUGUUGAAGAUUUGUAUGUACUAUACGCAUCCCACCAGCAAAAGCAACAGAUGAUUAGAGAAUUUUGGGGAUCUGAGUAUGCUGUUUUCAGAGACACUCAUAACGAUUUGACUGUUGAUAAAGUGUGCGAAGGCAGUACUGAGAAGAGAAGCAUUAUUGCAAGAAACUUAUUGGGGACUAUCACCGCUUCAGUGGAAAAAGGUUCCACUGGUUUCCAGAUUUUGCAUGCUGCAAUGAGAGAACUUGUCAAGAUCGCCAAUGAAAAGGAAACUUCUGAAAUGAUAGAACUAUUGCAUGAACAGUUUGCUGAGUUGGUACAUACACCAGAAGGUGCUGAUGUUGCAUGUACGUUGAUUGCCAGGGCCUCUGCAAAGGAAAGAAAGUUGAUUAUCAAGACACUAAAAAACCACACCGAAUCAUUAAUCAAGAAUGAGCACGGUAAUUUAGUGUUCAUCACGGCUUUGUUGUGUGUCGAUGAUACGGUUCUGAUGUUCAAGUCAUUUGGUCCAUCCGUAAAGGAGCACCUUAACGAAUUCAUUAUAGACAAAUAUGCCAGAAGACCAUGGUUAUACAUCCUAGUGGGAUUGGACGGUAAGUAUUUUGCUCCCAACGUGAUGACUGACCUAAGAAGAUACGUUGCAUUGUCAGAAGCCACUUCGAAAAAAGAAGAGUCUCAAAGAAGACACGAACUCUUGAACAAGUUUGCCCCAAUGAUACUGAAAUGUGUUUCUAAAAAUUGUUCUGAAAUCUUAGUGGAAAACUUAGGUUGUCAGUUCGUUUCAGAAAUGUUAGUCAAUGAUGACUUCUACGAGCAAUUAAGUGAGAAAGAAGCUGAAGUAUUCAAGCAGGUUAUUGAUAACAUUAUCACCGUUUUCAAAGGUGACAUUUCCGAAGAGGAUCAUCCAAUACAGAGACCUUUCUCAACCAGACUAUUGAAGGCCUUGAUUCAAGGAGGGAAAUGGAAUAAUAAGGAAAAAAAGAUCGAACCAUUACAGAAAGUACAAGGACUGGGAUCAGAGUUUGCUGUGAGAUUUUACGACGACAUUAUAGAUUCUUCCAAUAUAGUGGAAUGGGCUAACAAUCCAAACAGUUCCUUCACCUUGGUGGCUAUUUUCGAAGCUUUGAAAGGAAAGAAAGAAGGUGCGCAAUUCAUCAAAGAUCUCAAGAAAGCUCUUCCUGAAAUUGAUACCUCAAAUGAAGACAACAAGGGAGCUAAGCUAUUGGUCAAGUUAGCACGCUAG